GAGAGUUAGUGCGAGAGGGUUUAGAGAGAGGGGGAGACAGAGACCCGGAGGGUUUGAGGAGAGGGGUUGGCAGUAGAGAGCAUGUAGAGAGAGGGAGAAAGUGCGAGGGGCCUCAAGAGGAUGAUGCACACCUGACACAGGAUGACUGCAGAGUAAGCGACGAUUACUGCAGGGCUUCAGACCAUAGCGUCCACCUCUCAAAGCAGCAGAGACUGGCACCAGGGGUUGAGCCGGGCAGUUGAGGAGGGCAGCCCUUGCGCCAGGAGUGGAUGGGAGAAGGGCAAGCCCAGAGAGGGGAGAGAGUGAAGCCACCCCAGGUUGAAGUGCGGGAGAAAGCCUCGUAGCUGGGCUGAGCCACCCUGGACCAUGGAGAGGACUUUCCGAGACUUCUUCAAUCACCUCGCCUCGCUGGAAGAGGCAGUUGGAGCAGACAACGGGUUCAGUAAGGAGUUUAAAAGCAUUAAGAAGCACCUGGCCUCGAUCAGUGACUGGUCGGCUCUGAGCGCGGAGACCGGGAGGGCGAGAGAGAACGCCAAGAAGAAUCGCUACAAGGACAUCUUACCCUUCGACCAGACUCGGGUGUCCCUGAAGCUGCUCCUGAACGAAGGGUAUUCCGACUACAUCAACGCCAACUUCAUCCGGGGUGUCGAUGGUGAGAGGUACUAUAUCGCCACACAGGGCCCUCUGCCACAGACGGUGGUAGAUUUCUGGAGGAUGGUCUGGGAGUUUGAUGUUAAG